GGAUGACAAUUUCGUUGGACAUCUUUCUGUUUACAGCAGCACAACGUGGGUCUAACUCCGUGGUCUGGCUCCGUGGUCUGGCUCCGUGGUCUGACUGGGACAGACGAACUACGUGGUCACUCCUAUCUGUCUCCUCGGCUUUAGAAAUGAGCAAAAAGCGCCACAGCGAGGACUCGGCCGAGUCGCCCACUCCGCUCAAAAAAGAAGUUCCGGAGUUCAAUGGGACUGUAUUUAAAGCCAUGCUGAAGGACCCCCCCACAGCCAUGAAGGGACUGGAGACAUUCAUAUCAACCGCUAAGAAGCUGCCGUGCUCUGACCUGUAUGAUGUGGUUGAAGGUUAUAUUAAAAUAUCUAUGGAGUGUGUGGAAAUAUUCAAAUUGCUAGAGAGAGAAAAGCAUGUAGAGAGUGAGAUGAUGGCGAUAUUUGAGAGCUUGGAGAUGAUUCUUCUAAGGACAGCCAGUGACCUGUCCCACUUCAACAUGGUUGGCAAUGCUAUUGUGAAAAAGACAGUUUCCAGCUACAUGCCACUCCUGCAGGGAUCUUUCAGUUCGCAAAAUCACAGGCUUGUCCGGCAGUGCCUCAGUCUCCUGUCCGCCUUGGUGUCUCAGGGUCCAGAAGCUGCCAGAGAGAUCCUCAGUCACAUUCACGUCAACAAAGCUCUUUCUGGACUGGCAAGGAGAAAGGAUAAGAGGGGGAGACCAGAUGUCCGCAUGGCUUUUAUCCAGUUCGUGCUGUCCUUUUUGGUGUCUGGAGAUAAUGCUACAGUUGGACAGAUAUUAGAAAUCAAAGAACUCCUUCCAGAGAUCCUGAGUACAGGUCUGAAGGAGGACAGGAUGUCCAUAGUCAACCUGAUUGUGUCCACACUGAAGACUAGAGUUGUACUUAACAAGGCCAUAAGUAAAACACAGAAAGUGCGUUUUUUCACACCUGCUGUAUUGGCCACCAUAGCAUCUCUGUACAAAUGGAAUGGGAUUGUGGAUGCAACCACCGAUGAUGAAAGAAUGUUAGAGGACUCUGAGCAUGCUGGGAUAGCUGUCAUCCGGGAACUUGUUCACAGUUUCCUUCUCGAUCUGUGUUGCUCUCGUAAGCAUGGUAUCAGCUUCCAUGAUCCCAGCUUUGGGACAGCUGGCAGAGCUGGCAACAUUGUCUUGCUUCAGUUCUUGGUGGGGCUGAAGCAGGCCACAGAGGAUGAAUUGGUCACAGAUCUGGUGGUGAAUGUGCUGAAGGCUAGCCCUGAUGUGCUGGCCCGAUUCUUUCAGGAGACUCAAUAUUCAUACACCCCCCGCCUUAAAAGUGCUUGGCAGGACAAUGUCAAGUUACUUAAAAAGAUCUACGAAGCCCAGCCAGAGAUUGCCACAGUUUUUCAAACCCGUGAGGCCAUCCCUCUGCCUCGCCUGCUGUCCAUGAUCAUGGUGAUAUCGCUUCCUCCUGUCUGUAACAAGACCUUCUUCACACAGGGCCUCAGUCUUGCCAACACAGCAGUGCAGCUCACAACUCUGUCCAUGAUGAAUUUCAUCUUGAAAAGAGCCAGUAGGAAUAUGGAGUACCUUUUGGAUAAGUCUGAGUGGCUCAGCUCGGACGUAUACACUGUAGGCAUGAUGGGGGAUUUGGUGCAGCAGUACAGGGAGACACUCAGCAAGAUUUUGCCCGAUAUAACAAGCAUAGUGUCAAAGUGGCAGUCACUUAGCAAGAAGGAAAAAAUGGAUGGUGAAGAAAAAAAGGCCAAAAUUGAAGGGAGUCCGGAACAGACGGAGAAUAAAAACGAAGCACCUGUUGCUGAGACAGCUGAGGUAAUCCUGCUGAAGACGCUGAUUCUCCAGGUCAUCUGUCUUUACCAGAAAACAGUGCCACAUCUGGUUAGCCAGUGCAAAUUUGACUUCAGCAAGCUCCUUAAAGGGAUUGUGUCUGAGAAAGGCCUGAGGGAAGAAGUUCCCCCAGUUUUGCAGUAUCAAGUACUGCAGUUGGCCUUAGAGCUUCCUGCAAGCAAGUUCUCCUGGUUCCGCAUACAGGAUGUUGCAAAUCCAGAAUCAUCAUCUGGAGAGAAGUCAGUACUUUACCUCCUGCUCAAGAUGUUUGUCAGCAGCAGCAGCAGCCACCUGAAGACCUCUACUCGGAUGCUGGUUCUAAAAGUGCUAAAGGACAGCGGGGUGUUUGAGUACACUUGGACCGAGCUUGAGCUCUGGCUCGACCAGCUGGCCAGAGUAGAGCCAAGCCACCAAGACACUGUCAUCCAGUUCUUGGAGAGGGUGUUGGUGAAACUGGUGUGCAAUUCCUACACAUACACAGAUAAGGUUGCCAGCCUGGUCCAGGAGGCCGCUUAUCUGCAAGCUAACCUUAGUAGCCAGGAGUGCGACGCUGCCAGUGUCCCGGUCUCACACAUAGACGAUGUCUUAGACAUGCUGGAUGUCAUAAUGGAGGGUAAUGAAGGCGUGAUGGAGGAGCUCGGGCCAUCUCUGAGUGAAGACCUGAUUAUCCAGACCUUCCCCUUCAGCGUGGUGGUACCUGCUGCUCUGGAGGUCCGGAACAAACUGCCAGCAGACCAGGGGGUGGUAUUUGAGUACCUGUCUGCGGUGCUGUCAGAUGUGCUGCACUGUCAGAGAGAGCCGCUACCCCUCUGUCUGGCUCUGCUGCAGUACGAUAAAGACCUGGCGUCUGCAGGACUCUCUGCUUCUCCUCAUCCCUCCAUCAUACACCUUCAUCAGUAUUACUCCAAAUGGCUACCAGAGCAGUGUCGGGAGGAACUGUUCAAAUCCUCUGAAUGCCAUUCAGAGGGAUCGUCAACCCCCAUUUCAUUCACUGCACUGUUGAAAGCUGCGUAUAGCCAAGGGCCAAACACUUUGCUUGAGGACACCUUCAGGAAGAAUGUGGAAGGAAGUCUAGCGUCCAUGUUGCUGGCUGAUUUUCCAGUAGCAACCAAGCAGAUCUUACUCUACAUUAGAUCCACAGUGGAAAACCUUGGCACAUUCUCCAAAGACAUAGGAACUGCCCCUCUGAAGACCUUAAUGGGCAUACUCCUGGAUUUGGUGACCAAGCUACAAGGCUUUCAGGAGACUACAAACUCUGAGCCAGCAGCACGGAACUCCCAAGAAGGAUCAGACCUCUUCCUGGAAACCAGCCAGUUGUCCACAGAAGAAGCCAAUAAAGAGCAGAUCCUUGUUUGUGCCCUUGGCUCCAUCUUCAAGCAUCCUUGUUUGGAGCAGUGGUUUCUGGCACUGGAGAUGGGCGCUUUGCCUCCUCACACUCUGAACCCCGUCAGGCUAAAGCACCUGUGUGCCCAGCUAAAUGAUGACAUUCUGGCCUUGCUGAAGACUAGCACCCCCAUUCUCUGUGACCUCGGCCACCUGGAGCUUGUUAGUAGCUACAUGGGGGCUAUAGAAAAAGCUGUGCUCAAGGAACUGAUGGAGAUGGGCUCCCAGCCUGCCAAGAAACAGUCAGGACCCUUCCAGGCCCUCGUGUCUCUGCACGGCCACAUGGACCCCGUCAGUCUCAGCAAAGUGGUUUCCAAGAUGCUGCUGCUCCCCCAGGAGUGCCUGAUCUCCCUCAGAAGUGAGGGCACACAAGCCCAGCUCAGUGUUUAUGGCCGUGCAACGCUGCAGAUCCUCACAGAGUCUAAAGCUAAGCCUUCCCCGGACCAAGGCAUCUUCCUAUCUCAGGAACAUCUCCGCGGCCUGUGCACCCUGCUGCUGUCCUGCUCCAGCCCAGCGCUGGAGGCCUUUCUGUUGCAGACUCUGUCUACUGAGUCAGGCAAUGCCAAACUCAUCCACACAGAUGUGCUGCUGCACUGUCUCCAGUGGCCUCUCCCAGACUCUCUGGCCAUCAGCUCCCUGCUGCUGCGCAACUGCUCCACACACCGCCUCUGCUUUGAGACGUGGUGCCUAGAGCCAGCAAACUUGGAGAAGCUCUCAGACCAGACAGAGACAUUCCUUCCGCUUAUAAACACCUACCUACAGGUGGCAACUAAAGAGGACCCUGCCAGGCCCAAAGAGGUGCAAAAAGAGGUUGUAAAGGCGUUGAAGCGAGCACUGCUCGCCAAAUUGUCCCAAAGUGUUCUGGGAAACCUGACAGAGGCCCAACAUGCUGACACACUAGCCAGUCUGAUCAAGCUCUCUGCAAACACCAAGGACACCAGGGACCUGAUCAGGAAUCUGCCACAUGUUCUUCAAAAAGUGGACAGCUUUGAAAGGUGGCAACUAGUAGAUGUUAUCACUGAGAAACUGGCUAAUUGCCCAGACGAACAAGAAACCUGGAGGAAGUCUGUCACCGGUGCUGCCUUCAAGUGUCUCGCAGCCGCCUACAGUCACUCUAAAAAUCAGACUUCUUCUCGGUCGGAGCAGGAGCACAGCAUCUUGGAAAGGCUGCAUGGACUCCUAAAAUCAGCUGAAGACAUACCUGCAUCUGAAUGGAACAGUUUCAUCAAGACUGGACUGAAAUAUCGCUACAGAGAUCCCCACUUCCUGAACACACUGAGCAAACUGUUGGAAGUGAUGUACAAUAGCAGUGAGGUCCAGAUGGACCUGAUUCCUUUAUCCACCCUUCACAUGAUGACCAGCAGCCAUUCUCUGUUCCUGCCCACCAUGUUGGACUCUGAUGAAGAGCCUAGCGGCUGUCAGGCUAAAGAAGCCUUGGUGUCCUUACUUCUCUGUUUAGUGAAGAAAUGCCCAACAAUCUGUAACAUCAAUCACUUUGUUGUACUCCUGGGGGCAUAUGGAGUCACACUGAGUACUUCAGAUCAGAAACUUUUACUACUUCUUCAGGAAUACGAAAAAAACAACGUCAGUCUACUGAAGUUUCAAUCUUUCGUGUGGGGGCCAGCAGCUCUGGAGCACCACAAGACCAGAAAAAGCCUUGGUGCUUCUCUGUGGAAGCAAGCCAGCUCAGACGAGCUGCUGGCGCUGCUGAAAGCAGAAAGGAUGCUCCACACGAUUGCACACUUUCCCCAGCAACGCAGAAUCAUCCUGCAGGGGGAUAAGGAGCUGAUGUACUGGAACAAGGCAUUAGAGGACCUCAGGAAUUUGUAUGAUCCUCGUUUUCUUUUGCCUCUAUUCAGCACCAUUCUGCAGCCAGAGUGUGUGAUUGACUGCCUCAGGUUUGUAUCCAGCCAUGCCCUUGGACUAACUGUAAUGGCUCUGAGUAGCUACGACCCGAAAGUGAGAGCGGCAGCAUACCAUGUGCUGAGCUGCUUCUACCAACACCUGGAGGGUGCCCGGUUCAGAGAGAAGAGACAGUUACUGUACUUGAUGGACACAGUGAAGAAUGGAAUUCGACAGCCAAAUCAAAAACUUCCAUUUCUCCUAACCACUUACAUCGCCAAAGUGGCUCAGCAGAUGCUCAAACCUGAGGACCACAUGUACAUGGUGUUAAACAGGUUUCUGCUGUCCCAUCAGAGUUUGGACUUCCGGAGAGUCCCUGAGUUCUUCAAGCUAUUCUAUGGCUUUGACUUGGAGCAUAAAAUGGAACGUGAGUGGAUCUUGAGUGUGCUGGAAGAAGGAAUAAGUGAUGGACACUGCUAUGAACUGUGCGAACAACAAGGCAUCUUUCAGACCCUUUUAGGCUUCGGCAGCAGCCCCUUGUGUGAUGAACACUCCCAGGCACAGAUUAUCAGGGUGUUGUGCCAGGCCGCUCGUUUGACCAGAGCAGCUUAUAACCUCACCAAGAGCUGCGGACUCCUAACCUGGAUAACCCAGGUGGUUGAACAAAGGCAUCUAGACCAGCGGCUGCUGAGUGCUAUCAUAGAUCUGCUCCAUGUGCUGUGGUUUACUAACCUUGGGCAGAAGGAGAAGCAGGAGGAUGGAGCCAAGACGUCCUCACCUACAUCGGACAAAGCUCAGAGCUCAGUAAAGUGUCUCCCGCUCCCCCUCAUCAGUGAAUUCCUGUGUGUGGCAUCAACCAUCAGCAGACACCUCAGGUUGCGUGUGAAGGCCGCUCAGCUCCGCCGGUUUCUGAACACUCUCUGGUCUGUCCUGAAGCAUCGUGGGACAGCUCUCAGUGUAAACAAACAGGCUGACCGGCUAACCCUCCAUCCACAGCCUCUCUCUUGUGCUGAAGCCCUCACUCUGCUUCUCUGUUGGGCCUCCCUGUCCCGCAACACGCCACUUCUAACCCAAAUCCAAGCUUUGUCCGAAAAACACAAAGUAAAGGAAUUGUUGGGGAUGGGGAAGGACAAGGCCACAGGUAAGGGCUCCUUUUCCCAGGCCCGUCCUCGAAAAGAGAACCAGGCAGAAGAGGCUGAGACUGAGGGAGAAGAAGAGACUCUCCUGACAGAAUGCACAUUCUACCUCAGCAGUAUCUUUGUUCACUGGGAGCCUGUGUUUCCCCGCUCUGAACCCCAGCCAGCUCAGUCAAGAGACAAACUGGAUCCCAGUCAGUUGGCCAGUGAUGCUGCACACCUGCUCACCAAGUGGUCCCUAAGGUGCUUGGUGGAGGAUUUGUAUGAUGAAAACAGAACAAAAGAGUUCUUGCACUGGGUCGAAAAGGCCGUGGUAAAACACGCGGAAAUCAUGAAUACUGUGUUACUCGAUCCCGGGAUGAAAGCAGACCUCCUACGACUCUACCAUCAGGCCUUUGAAACUCAGUGUCACUCCAGCAUUUCAGUCAGGGUGGAAGUCCUCCAGUUGUUCACCAACAUCAUGAUGCGCUUUCUAGAGAGACAAGGCCACCUUCCAGAGCUGCAUCAGGCGGUCGUCUCGGCCUGCCUGCCAGAAGCCACGCGUGAUCCGUCGAUACGUGAAGCAGGGCUGUUCCUGUUGUCGUCGUACAUCCAUGAGUUGUGGAGCGGAGCCACAUCAGCAGAGCUGUUCCUGUCCCAUGUCAGUUUGGUGACCAGAGCCAAGUGUAAGAGACAGAACCCAUCCAAAGCCCCCCUGACUCAAACGGCCAUCAGAGCCAUCUGUAAUACCAUCAUGAAAAGUAAAAACAUCUGAACACUGUUUGUUGAAAUAGACCUUAGUACAAGAAAGCUUGUAUUCUUUCAUUUUGUUGCUUUGUUUCAUUCUUGUAAAAAAAGAGUGACGAUAUUUUGUAAACCCUUCUGUUAUAAAGUGUUCAUUUUACAAAUCUAUUA